AACUUAAUAAAAGCCUUGGUUUGGUCUCUCUAUUUAACGCACGUACGACGAACGAACAGACAAACAAAACACAAAGCGAACUCGAUAAAAUAACUAAGGAAAAAACAACAACAAUUCCUUUAGGGCACAAAGAGAAGCACAAUCUUCGUCAACAAAAAAGAAGAAAAAGAAGCAAAUUUCGCGGCUAAAAAAUCAAUCGCUUCAACUGGUCUACAAAUCGAGAAUUGAGGGUUUCUAGGCUGGAUUUCAAAAUCUGGGUUUUAGUAAACCGAAGAUGGGGUCAGAAUCAGAUCAAUGCUCUUCCAGAUUGAACACUCUCGAGAUCAAAUCCCUAAUUUACCAGAAACUAGGGCACUCGAGAGCCAACACUUACUUCGACCACCUCGGAAAAUUCCUCACCUCGAGGAUAACCAAGUCCGAGCUCGACAAGACCAUCGCUAGAGAACACGUCCCUCUCCACAACCGUCUCCUACGUUCCCUCCUCAAGAACGCAGCCGCCGCAAAAUCUCCUCCUCCUCCGAGGUACCUCAAGAGAUCAUCUGCGUUACCUCCGUCGCCUCGAAAAUGCAGGUCCAGGAAGUUCAGAGACCGGCCGAGUCCUCUCGGUCCGCUCGGGAAGCCUCAGAGCAUCACGACAACGAACGACGAGUCGAUGUCGAAGAUGCUGAGACUUCCAAUGGAAGAAGGAGAAGAGGUUGAACAAAGCGUACCGAGUCAGUUAACCGCGCCGCUCGGUGUUUCGUUAACCGGAGUUAGAAGGUCUUUUGGCGAGACUUGUUGUCAGAACAGUGGCGAGCUUCCUGAUGCGACGACGUUGAAGAGUGUGUUGGAGAGGAGGCUGGAGAAGGAAGGGGUGAAGUUAACUAUGGGCUCUGCUAAUGUUUUGAAUAGCGGGUUGGACGCGUUUAUUACAAGGCUGAUAAAGCCUUGUUUGAGUUUGGUCCAGCGACAGCGAGUGUCGAUGUUGGAUCUUCGCGCUGCUGUGGAGUUGAAUCCACGUGUUCUUGGAGAGGAUUGGCCUAUACAUCUAGAGAAAAUCUGUUCCCGCGCUUCGUCUGAGGAGUAAAGUUGUGAAGAAAAGAGCCGUUAUAUAGCGAUUUUGGAUAAUCAUAUUUGAUUGAUCGAUUCUUUUCCUGGAGUAUGGAUGGAAUUGCCAUUAGAGUGUUCUCGAAGAAGCUUUGAAGGGGGGAAACAAAAGAGGCUUCAGGUUGUACAAGUUGUGAUAGUUAUAUAUAAUAUAUAGUUUAAAACAUCAUUUGUUUAGAACAUAUAUUUUACUGUAGUUUUCUUGCUUGCGCAUGUCUUCUCGUAAUGUAACAAAUUUUCAAUUCGAGCAAAAGAAUUUUCUGAACAUCUAUGUUCUCUAUACAGACUGGUCUUAUUCGCAGAAAGUCAAAUGUCACUGAAGCAGAACAUCAAUCAGACAAACAAGAGGGAACCAAACUGAUUGCUUUCUAAAAACAUGUCGAUUUAGUUAGUUCUCUGGAUUCGGAGACAAAUCCCCGUCUCUCUCUUGAUCUCUUCGCCAUCCUUCUGUUUGCACGUACUAGUCAGUGUGUGGGAGUCGCAACUUUUGUUGAUACUGUGUUAAACAUCUGAUUGUUAUAAACUCAUACACAUGCCCAUACAUGAUACCGUUAUGCAUUGCAUGGAUUACGUCUCUUUUCUAUCUGGCAAGUAUGUCUGAACCGUUAUCUGAACAAACAACGGAAUACAUAAUAGCUUUUGUGUAAUCAAACCAGUGUAUAAUAAAUGAAUCAAACAUAACAUCCAUAAAUGAUACUAAAAUGUAUAUAUUGUGGGCCAUUGAUUGGACUUAUAAUUGUACAGUAAAAUUUAAUAUGUAGAAUUUUUGGAUAAAAUUGUAUCUAAGAGCAUGUUUAUUGGUAGCUUUUAAGCAGGACUCUUAGAUAAAUUUAGAUUAAAAUUAAAUGGAAAAGAGCAAUUAAGCUAAGGGGCGUUGCUUAAUUAAGAGAGCAAAGAGCCCGUUUCUUAGUGCCACGUCUCUGAAGUUCACAGGAGAAAAGAGAGGUGGUGGUCUCGGUUUCGUCUUUUCUCCGCUUGGGGUCCGUCGCAGUUUUGGAACAAAGUGUUCGCUCGCCGCACAGAGCCAAGCGGAACCUGAUGGAUCUCAUCUCCGACCAGGACCAAGGCCUGAGAACCCAGAAAGACGCCAUGAAGCAAGACGCGAUCGUGAAUGCCAUCGAGGCCAUGGCGGUGAUCAGGGCCGGUUCUGGGUUAAGCCCAAUGAAACAUUCGUCUUGGGCCCUCAAAAUUUUUGAAAAUUUUUAUAUGUAAAUAGGCUCCCAAUUUGUAAAAAAAAAAAUUUUAGGCCCCCAAAUUUUUGAAGUCUUCACUAAAUGGUCUUGGGUCUCCAAACUCUCUCAGGGCCGGCCUUGGCGGUGAUCGGGGGAAGCUCUGUCACCACAGGAGAUUCGCUGUCUGCCACGUGGAGACUACUGUGGACGACGGAGAAAGACAGCUGUUCAUCAUAGAGAAGGCGGGAUUGUUCGGCACGCGCGCAGGAGAGGUACUGCAGGUGAUCGAUGUGACGAAAGGGACGCUCAACAACGUCAUCACUUUCCCGCCCGUAAUUGAUCCAUCUCAGUCUACAACUCUUUCCACAUCUCUGCAAACCUGUACCAGACUCAAGACUUUUAGUUACAAAAAGGUAGUUUUUUUUCUCUUGGAUUAAGGAAUGUUACCAGCGAGUUUAGGGACAGAGCUCCAGCAGCCAUGGCCAUGAUGGAUGAUGUGAUUGAGAAGCUUCUCGUCUUCUUCAGGAGACCAAAGCCCUUUUUUCAGCUUUUGUUUGUAACAGCAAGAAUGUCUCCCCAUUUAGUUUAUUAAAAGCUGCAAUGCUGUGUAAAGGAACAAUGAAAGAGAAGAAAGCUCUGUUUUUUCUUUAUAUGAACUUUUGAGGAGAAGAAAGGUGGAGAAAAUGAAGUAACAGAGCUCCAGAGAGAGAUAGUAUUAAUAGGAAUAAGAAAAGUCACUUUCUUCUUUAGAAUAGUUUGUUGAAUUUUAUGUUCUCUCUCUAGAAGUUCUGAGCCAAAAAAAGUGUGUAUUAUUAAGCUUUUGUAAAAGCAAUGUGAUUGGUUCACGUCGGAUUGACUUAGCAAUGUGAUCAAUCACUAGUGCCGUGUUGAGAGGAAGCAAUUGGGAGAUCCCACUGCCACCAUUUGGCCAGGGCUGGUUUGAAAAUGUGUAUAUGGAUGGUGACAUCAGAGUGGCCAAGGACAUCAGAGGGGACUACUUAGUUGUUGAUCGUGCUCCUUUUAACUGGAAAGAAUGAUCCACACAGCAACAGUCUUGUUACUCAACAAUGCAUCUCCUCCUUGUAAUCUUUGUUUUGUACAUCAGCUACAAGUACACUACUCUAUUUUUAAUGCCAAAUGUAGACAUUAAUGUGAGUAGGAUUUGAAAAAGUAUCAAAAGUUCAUACAUACUUUUGUAACAACAUUCUUUGAGCUUUUAUUAAGAAACUACCAAUAAACCAUUAUAAUAAAGUGUAUCUUAACAAAGUUUCUUAUCUCACUUUUAAGAGUUAAAAAUUCAGUAAAAACCUUUAAAUGGGAUUUACCAAUAAACAUGCUCUAAUGUACCUUUAGAAAUUAAGUAAGAAAAAAAAAAGAUGUUCUUACAUCAAUUUGUCUUUUCUGCUUUAGAAAACAAAGUUUUUACAUCUUUCUUUUUUUGCUUAAGUUUACAAACUACAUAAAAUAUGAUUAGUAAUUUUUAUUGUUAUAGAUAAAAGCUAAAACUAGAAACACCUGCUACAGCCCGACCAGUCCCAUUAUUGUCUUUGAUUCAUAAUGUAUGUAGUUUUACUUCAACACACAUAUUAAGAAAUCUAUUUUCUCCAAAUAAUUAUCAUUAAAGUUAUAAAUUAAAAUUAAUUUCUUUGAUUAUAAAAACCAGUAUAAAUACGAUUGGGUACACAAUUUUGAUAAAUUUAAAGUUAUAAAACAUGUAACAUUAUGAAACAACGAUUUUUUAAAAAAUAUCUUACAUAUUGAAAUGGAAGAAGAAUAAAAAUGAUCAAUUUUCUGAUAUGGUCCUCUAAGGAACUGAAAUAAUCUAAUAUGCAUCCUCAUAAUUCUUUUUAUUUUAUAUUAAAUUUAAAUUGAAAAUGAAUUUAAACAGAAUUACAACCCCGACUACUCAUAUCCUAUCCAUAACAUGACCUGAAAAUUGACUCGAAACCCACCCGAACUAACCCUAAAUCGCAAAAUCCCAUCCCAAAUUUCCCCCAUUUCGGAACCACUUCAAACACCAUCUUCGACUCUUUCUGUCAAACGACGAUCUUCAACCGUCCUCAACAACAACGACCUUGAACCAAAUCACCAUAUUACAAUACUGAAAAAUGACUCACCAAGAUAAAGAAGAAGAAGGGUGAUACGCCGUCAAAGAAGAUCGAUUCUCCAAAGAAGAAAAAGAACGAGUCGCUGGGAAAAAAGAAACUAGUUGUAUCGAAUCUAGCAGAGAAAUAAAGUGGUGACAAAGGUUCAUCAUGUCAACCAAUAAAGAGGGCUCGGGGUAGUUUGAACCCCGAGAGAACAUCUCCACGUUGGGAUCCACAAACUCCACUUCUCCAUUUGUCUCAUGCUUAAAAUAUCUUGAGAAAUGGAAAGAUUUUUGUUAUCUAAAAGUUUUCUUUUUCUGGUCUUGAAGCAGGGGAAAACAUGACCCAUAGACCGAAAAAUGUUUUUUCAAGAGAAUAAUGCCGACAUUUUGCUUUAAGCAUGAAGAUUUUCUUCUUGGCUUAAAUAUUUCCAACAAUGAUGAAAAUAAUAUUUCUUCUUGGCAUAAAUAUCUUGGCAUAAAUAAUAUCGUGAUCAGAUUUUCGAACAAAUAUAGAGCGCAAAUUAACGUAAACCUCUAUGUCGUCAUUAAUUAAACCCACCUCUCAUUUUAAAAUAUAUUUAUUUAUUGUGAAAAGAUUUUUCAGUUAAAUGUGUAUUGUAAUACAUUUAAAAUUAUUAAAUAUAUUAUAGUAUAAUGUCAUAUGUAAUUUUGCCAUACUGUUUAAAUCUAACAAAUAUUAAAAAUUUGAAUUACUUAUGUACUCUCAUUUAUUGUCAUUUACUCUAAUCCUUUACCAAUCACCAUUUUCUUUUCUUUUAUUUUAAUUAAAAAUUUUUAUUUUCCUUAUAAUUUCUCCAUUUUUUACUCUCAGUUACUUGAAUACUUACCAAUCAUGCCAAAGAAAGCCUUUCUUUUUGUCUUGCCACAAGAAAGAGUUUUUUCAUCUGUUAAUUAUAAUUUUUAUGGAUCACACUUUAAAUAGUGUUCUAAAUCUAUAUUUUUCUUCAAAAUAGAAGAAUAAGAGUAUUUCUUGGGUUCAUCCCUAAAUACUAACCAAUAAAAGGUUGUCACCUAUCAUAUCAUGUUUAGAAAACAAAUGUAAAAAUAAUAUUAAUUGCAAUAAAAAUUAGACAUUGCAAGAUUCUAAACACCGAAUCUUAGAGCAGGUCCAAUGGUGUAUCUAAGAGAAAUUAAUGGCAUGGUUCUAGCUCAUUAAAUGUCCAAAAUUAAAUCAGAAAGAGAAAAAUUAGGUAGAUAUGGUUCUAAAUUUAGAUGUUUUGGAACCACUUCUAUGCCAAUACGUGUCUUUGGGUGAUUGGUUUUUUUUUUAACUCAAUUGUUCUCUUUUUCUUUCUGAUUUCGCGGAAAAAUCUCUCUCUCUCUUUUCUCGAUGAACUUCGGCGAUUUCGCCAAAAAUCUUUGUCUCUCUCGAUCUGUUGAACCCGGGAUUACAGAGAAUCCCUUCGUGUUUAAACCCUCUGAGGAGCUCUCCGGCAGCCAUGUACGGCGGAGGUGCGUUUCUUCUUCAAACCACGAAUUCGCCGGACCCUCUGGUUUCUCCGACGAGAAGAAAUCUCACCAUGUUCCCCUCCCGUCGCUCUCUAACGAUCAGGUGAACGGAUCGGUAUCUGGAUCGGGUUCUGUUUCAAGCGUUAGCUCGUCUGGAUCGGGUGAAGAUCAGGUGAUCAUCUAAUUGGAUUCAGGUUCCUAGGUUCGAAUCAGAGGAAACUCCUUGAAGCGAGUUGAAGCAAGCACUGAUUGUCGUGUUCUUAUAAGAGGAAGCGAGUUGAAGCAAGCACUGAUUGUCCAGUUAAGGAGGAAACGCAUGAUGUCUACAAGAAACAGCAGCUGCGAGAGCUAGCAUUUCUGACGAUUACAACUCAAAGGAAUGUCUGAAGCAACUAAAUCAGAGAAAACGGUGAAGAGAUUGAAGAGGAUAAUCCCAGCGGUGAGUGAGAAGCAAGUUGCGUAAUAGACUCUCAAAUUGGCAGCAGUCUAGCCAAGUUAUGUGCUUCUACCUUUCACAAAUUGUAAACUGAUCACAAAGCUUGUGAUGCAAGUAAUCUAUUAUUACAAAUUUUCCAAUUUUUGAAAUUUAGAACCUUUCAUAGGUUCUACCAUUGGAGAGGUUGAAAUUAAACAAGGAUCUAAAAUGUUUAAUUUGAUUAAUUUUACUUAAAAAAUUGAUUUAGAACUCUAAUGAAGGAUCUAUUGUUGGAGAUGGUCUUAGACUAUCUUUAUCGGUGGUUUCCAACAGGGGUUUUAGCGAAAAAGUUAGUGGCGGACCCCACAUAUCACUAUAAAACUGAUGCCAAAAGUGAUCUAAUAAAGAUCGACUAUUGUUGGUUUCAAGUACUGUUCGCGGGCCCCACUGACACGUGGUGGCCCGCGAUUGGUUUUUUUUUUUAAAAAAAAAAAUUCAGGACAAAAAAAAAAAAAAAAUUAGAAACUCUUCGACCUAUUUUGCGAUAAUCAUGCUCUUAUAACACUAAACCCAAGAGUUGAAACACUUGAAGAGCUUUAUUGGGAGAAUGCAAUGCCUCGAACGUGUGCGACUGGAGCUUGCGGAAGGUGUUGUAGUAGAUGAUGGCAAAAUAUUGCAAUUACAUAGUGAUACAGUAACCGAUAGAAUAGGAACGAUUGUUUAGUCUGAGAAUGCCCAAACGUGCCUAUGAACUUGAAUCCGUUGAGUUCAACCAAUGAACUAGCCGUAAUCAAGAGUUUUAAAGCCAAAACUCUGUUUUUAUAAAUCAAUAAUAAUGUGUCUCCUUACAAACCUAGAGAGCACUAUCUAUAUAUAAUAGCAAACCCAAUUUUGAUGCUAGAUGACUUAAUUAUUUUUUUAUAGGAAAAUAAAAUUUAAAUCUAACGGUUUAGUUUAACAAUAUUUUGUAAUCUAACGGACAUGAUCAUCUCUUAUUUAUAAGAUCCGACGUCAUCAAUCUCUUUCACCAAAAGGCGUCUCAAUCAACUGCUCUCUGAACGAGCACCCCUUAUACAUCCACCUCUUUGCAAAGGACACCUCAUUUGCCUCCUUUCGGAUUCAACCCGUCUCUAAAAUCCAUCUAUAUAUUGAAGUUUCAGAUUUCUUAUCCCUUUGCAUAUUCCAUCAUUCUGUCCAUUUACAUUGUCCAUCAUCCUCAUCCAGUUUUAGAUCACAGCCUUAAUAACAUCCAUAAGUGCAUCACUCACGCGUGUGCCUUGAAGUGGAGAAGUUUGGAGUUGGAAAAGAAGUAGAGAGACUCCAACGGUGCGUUUCUAUGGGAACCUGAUCUUUAUGAUGUCACAAAUCAUUAAUUUAUAAAUACAAGCAUAAUCUAUUCAUAAUAGAAGAAAGAAACACUGUAAAAAACAGAUGAAGAAAGAAACCAACGAUGAGUUCAUAAAAAGUUGUGAUUAUAUUUUUUAGUUUCAUCAAUCUUGUAACAUGUGAAAGAAAAGCCUUCACGGAGAAGCAGAGAGAAGGACGAGUAAACGUCUUGGCAAAGAGUAAAUAUAAGGUUUUCCAUUGUUAGUUUAUUAUAAUUGAGUUUGGUAUGAUUAGAUAAUAAUUAUAAAGUAACUGUAAACCCAAUAGGUGCAUUUGUAAAGUCGUGAAUUGUUUGUAAAGUCGUGACUUGUUGGAAGAGUCACAAGUAGUUUUCUUUACGGUUACUUAAGAAAUAUAUGUAAGUCAUGUUGUCUUAUGUAAAAAGUGUCAACAAUAAAAGAUAAAUUUUCCAAAUGUA